AUGAACCGUACAAAUAGGGUGAGAAAUAUGCGUAUACUUCGUCAAACAUUGGUCACAUCAAAGGCCAUCUACAAGUAUGGUAACGGAUUGGUGAAACAAACCGAACUAAGCCGUAAUAGAAUCGCAGUGAGGAACACAACUUCCGAUACACAUAACAACAACCAGUGGAAGAACACAAACAAUGCUGUUCAAGUUCUCGUGCCGGAAAGGACCUGUUCGAAAGCCACGUCGAACGAAUCGCCGUUCGUGCAGACCGGGUAUUCCGAUCAGAGUGCCGUUAAUUCUCAGUCACUCGCAGAACACUCAACCACAGGACUUGGUUAUUCAAACUACAGUUCAGACUCCAGUGAUGAUGUCGAUUUGGGUUCCACUGUAGUCGAUCAAGCGCAACAGCCUGCGAACGUGGAUAAAUCGCCAGAAAAUCAUAGUGAGCAUGUGAGCCAUGAACAAAACGAAAUAGCCCAAGAUCCCGUACCAGAAAACAUGGAGAACACCGAAUUCGAUGGUGAUGUUGUUGCCCAUAAUGACACGAUUCAAUUGGCUCCAUUGGAACCACUGAAAGAUUCUUUUAACAAAAAGCCGACACGCAGUAUGCCAUUGGGUCAAAGAGUUAAACAUGCUUGGUUAUUUGCAAAACGUUCAUUGAAAAAUGAUGAUACUUUUGGAAAUAAAAAACUCUCAUCGGAACACUUGUCUUCAUCACCACCAAUACAGUCCAAUGCGACAGAAAAUAAAGGGGAUCAAUUACGAACACCCGUGGGACAUUUACAACCGUGGCCUAUAGCCGGUAGAUCACAGCUGAAGACACAGCGCAGUCGUAGUUCAGAGGACGUACCAUUGGUUUCCUCGGAAAUGUUGCUCAGAAGUCAUACCGAAUCACUCAUGCAUAGUCUGAAGGAGGCCACAUUACAACUAGCUCGAAGGGACAUGGAAAUGCAGCGACUACUGGCAGUGAACGGUCAACUUGGGGAAAGAUACUGUCGAAUACGAAAUCAAUACACGGAACUGGCUCGAGAACAGGCUCGGUUAAGACAGCGAUACGAUUUGCUCUUGGUCAAGGGAAUGGAUCGGGAACAGCUUCAACUACAAAACAAACAUCUCGAGGCGCAAUUGUCAGAUUUACAAGCUCAGUUAGCCAAGGCCGAAGAACGAGCCAACCAAUCCACACGUCGUCUGGGUCGUGUCGAGGCGGAAGCGAAAGAUAUUGUUCAAACAGUCAACAGUGCGGAUUUACAAUUGGCGAACUUACGAGCCGAACUGCACCGAAAAGAGGCACAAAUUGCCGCGCUGUCGUGUCGACAAAGCCUGGACGCAACACGUGAGAUGGAAGCACGUGCGAUUUUGAAUGAACUUAUCGAAUUGAAAGGUAACAUACGAGUCAUAAUUAGAUGUCAUGAGAAGCCAAAUGAAGAGAGCAUGUUUCGCUUCGUCGGAGAUGACACGAUUGGGCUGAAGCAUUCAAUCGGUGGAGUUGCAUCGAACCGAUCUGUGCCUCAUCUGUUCAAAGCAUACCGUGUUUUUCCACCGGGAUCAACUCAACGAGCUGUGUUUGAUGAACUGAGCGAACUGAUAACCUCUUGUGUGGACGGUUACGGUGCCUCAAUAAUUACUUACGGUCAAACGGGAACUGGUAAGACAUACACCAUGUUGGGCGCACCCAACAAGCCCGGGAUCAUUCCCAGAGCGGCACGACACCUGCUCGUCCAGUGCCAUCACCGAGCCCCAUUGUGGACUUAUCGUCUGAGCAUCGCUGUGGUACAGGUAAGCCCACCGGAAACAGUACUCAUCGGUUUUUUUCGCACUUUGAUCCACGCACUAUGA